GGAGGCCAGGACGGGCCGUAGGGUUGGUCCGCCAAGGGAUGCUCUCUCCGAAGCGCCGUGGCCAGCCCCGCUCUCCCAAAGCCGCUGCCGCGCCGCACCAGCCCUCGGCCGCCGACAUGGCCCUGUAUUGCGGCGACAACUUCGCAUACUCACAGCCCGCCGCCGCCGCCGCGCCUGGUGCGCCCCCGAUCUCCAGGGCACCCUAUGGGCUGUCCGACUACGCCGCGCCCCCCGCUGCAGCCGCCAACCCCUAUUUGUGGCUCAACGGGCCCGGCGUGGGCGGCCCGGCCUCCGCUGCCGGCUACCUAGGGGCGCCGCCGCCCGCCCCCGGAGCAGCGCCGGGACCCUUCCUGCAGCCGCCAGCCGCUCCGGGCACUUUCGCGGGCGCCCAGCGGGGCUUCGCGCAGCCCUCGGCGGCCGCACCCGCCUCCCCUGCCGGCUCGGCAGCCCCUGGCGAGCUGGGCUGGCUGUCGAUGGCCAGCCGUGAGGACCUGAUGAAGAUGGUGCGACCACCCUACUCGUACUCGGCGCUCAUCGCUAUGGCCAUCCAGAGCGCGCCAGAGCGCAAACUCACCCUCAGCCACAUCUACCAGUUCGUCGCCGAUAACUUCCCUUUCUACCAGCGCAGCAAGGCUGGCUGGCAAAACUCCAUCCGUCACAACCUAUCACUCAACGACUGCUUUAAGAAGGUGCCCCGCGACGAGGACGACCCAGGGAAGGGUAAUUACUGGACUCUGGAUCCAAACUGUGAGAAAAUGUUCGACAAUGGAAACUUCCGACGGAAGCGAAGGCGCCGGGCCGAGGCUAGUAGCAACCUUACUGUGCCUUCGGGGACAUCAAAAUCAGAAGGGCAGUCCUCAAGACUAAGAGUGAGUGGGAAGCUAGAAGGAGACAGCCCCUCUUCUAUGCUGAGGCCAUCUCAGUCACCAGAGCCUCCAGAGGGCACCAAGAGUACUGCCUCCUCUCCUGGAGCAUCCACCCUCACCUCCACUCCGUGCCUCAACACAUUCCUCAGCAGCUUCAACACCUUAAGUGUCAACUCCAGCAGCAUGGGCACCCAGCGAACCCUCCCAGGCACCCGUCGCCACCUAGGAGGGACCCAGCUGCCCUCCAGCACAUUCCCCAACACCUCCGUUCCAGACAGCUCUCCAGACUCCAUGCAGCUGAGUACUGUGGGUGGGAGCAACCAGCUGUCCUCCUACUACCACCCUUUCUCUGGUGGCAGCAGUGGGGACCAGAGUAGCCCCUUCAGCAGCCCUUUCUACAACUUCAGCAUGGUCAACAGCCUCAUCUACCCCCGGGAUGGCUCUGAUAUAUAGACAUUGCUCCUCAGACUCGAUGAAAUGUACACUUGAGAUGUACCUAUCUCCCACACAGAUCAGUAGUUUCAGAAAUCUGCUUAGCAUCUUGGAAAGGGGACCUACUGUGCAGAGAAUUAAAUGGGUUGAGGUAUUUAUAUACAUAUACAUACAGACACACACACAGACAGUUUUUGGUAUAAAGCAUUCCUGCAACAACCCCUAAAAAAUCCUGCAGUCCAUUGACUUUGUCUAUGCUCAGGUUGAUGGGGGAAACAUCGUUGGAGUUAUGGGUGGGAAAACUACAUUUGAGCUUUCAGCUCUGAUUUACAAGUGAAUAAUAUAAUAAAGACAGGCCUCACAGAGUUCUACCUACCAUCCUAGGAUGGGAGGCACACAACCUGAGAAACCUGGAAAAGCUUGCUGGAGUGUGAGAGCUUGCUGGUUACUGUGAGCAUAGUCAGUGGACUGUAGGAUUAUUCAGGAGUUCACAGAAAGCAAUCCAGAAGCUUACUGAGCCUAUCAGAUUUGAAUCCAUUCAAAGUGGAUCGCCUUAACCCAUUAACAAUUCUGCACGGUAAGUCCCCUUUGCAAGACACUAGUGGGUUUCUGAAACCGUUGAAAGUACCAAACCCUGUGAGAGGCAGGAGUGACUAUCCUGAAAUGGUAGGUAACAUACCAAGGUCACACAUGGGAAAUAGUGGGUUCUUAAACAUGCCAGCUUCAUGAUAGACAAAGUAAACAUGGGAUAAGGUCUGGAAGCCAUAGUUCUAGUGAUAAACCUGGUUUCCUGCCUGAUUUAGCUUAUGUCCUAGGUGUUUCACUGGAAGUGAAAUCUUACAGGUUUUUUUUUUGUUUUGUUUUGUUUUUCAUUUUUGAGACAAGGUUUCUACAUAGCCCUGGCUUAGAACUGACUAUGUAGAUCACACUGGCCUUGAAACAUAGUUAUGCCUCCUGAUUGACAGUCACAUCUGGACCAACCAAUCUUUCAGUUUUUAAUAAGGAAUUACAUACAUAUGGACAAAUUCUUUUAAAAGUCAUAUGUAUAUAAAUUUGUUUCAGCACACCCCCCUCCUUCUACUUGGAAGUGAACCAUUUUGUAGUGGGGAGAGUCUAGCACAUCAUCAUACAGGAAACACUUGGUCAGCAUCCGUUGAACUCAUUCAAAGAUUUCUAACGCAGAAGGUUGGAUUUACAGGAACAGCCCUCUGCUAAGAUGAGGGUAUUCUAUAAACUCCCAUGCUACCUUGUUCUUGAGAUACUG